AUGCACAUUUUCAACAAACCAGACACAGUGUUCACUGGACAGGAAACUUAUGUCUGGGAGUUGUACCAGAAACGUUAUUUGGGUUUCUCCCCAAUUGGAAAUUGUUUCCGCAAUCAAUACGAAGAGGAACUUCAAGCAAAAUAG